AUGCCGAUCAUCGCCACAGCUCUGGCGUCUCUGCCAGUCGUCACUUCGGCGACUGACUUCGCAACAUAUGAGACGUCCUUUGGACAAUUUCUGCCGCAACUUUACGCACUUCCCAACGAGAUAUACGCUCACAUUGGCGACGUCGAGGCGCUCAAGACAAUUUACCUCACCACAAAUCCCGCGAUUUUCGGUCUCGCGAUUGCAAUUGCCCUGUGCCCCAUCUUCUUGAUCGUCUCCGAAAUCAACCGGAACUACAGUCAGGUGGACCGAUGCUGGAGUCUCUUGCCAACCCUGUUCCAUAUCCACUUAGCUAUUUGGACACGAUUAAACGGGUUGCCGACUGACAGGAUCGAUACUGUCGCCAUCUUCAGUCUUCUAUGGUCCACUCGUCUGACUUUCAACUACUGGCGUCGUGGAGGCUACAAAAUUGGUAGCGAGGACUACCGCUGGAUGCUGAUCAAGGACCAAAUCGGCUCCUUCGCAUUCUUCAUUCUGAACGUGACCUUCACAUCCUCUCUACAAGUCAUCCUGCUUUGGUCUGUCACUCUGCCUUCGUACCUUAUCCUCCUGGCUUCGCGCAUCGAGCCCGCGCUCACGACAUACGACUUGAUCAUCAGCCGUGUCCUCAUGGGACUUGUCGUGGUUGAAUACUUCGCCGAUCAGCAGCAGUGGGAUUACCACAAGGCGAAACAUGAAUACCAGAAGACUGCCAAGGUGCCAACCGGCUGGGUCAGGUCGCAGCUCGAGCGCGGCUUCAACACCACCGGACUGUGGAAGUACAGCAGACAUCCCAACUUCGCCGCCGAGCAAACGAUCUGGGUCAUUCUAUACCAGUGGGGAUGCUUUGCGUCUGGCACCAUGUACAACUGGACUGCCGUUGGCAUGAUCGGUUAUUUGUUGGUCUUCCAGGGAAGCACCCCGCUCACUGAGGGCAUCAGCGGCGGCAAGUACCCCGAAUACAAACUCUACCAGGAGCGUGUGGGCAAGUUUCUCCCCUCGAUCCUUGGCAAAGGUUGGAACGAGGAGGAAGCUGUGAAGAUUGGACCGAAGUAUGUCGAGGCUGCCAAGAAGAAGGCUGCCAACAAGAGCAAGUGA